GAGAGAGAGAAAGAGAGAGAGAGAGAGAGAGAGAGAGAGAGAGAGAAAGCAGUUGCCACCAGCGAGAGUAGUCACACAGCCAUCGGAGAGUCGACCGACGAUACUCUCCAAGAUCGCCGCUCAGACAGAGACAGAGAGUCCCACGACUCUCGCACGAUAGAUGGAGACCACCGUGGAUACACCGAUUCACGAUCGAACCGACUCCAUUCUCGCGUGAGCACUUCACCAUCAUCGACUUCGGUGCCGGCUGCUGGACCGACGACGCCUUUACUCGCGAAGCGGUGUGCAUCAAGAAGAAAUGAACGGUGAAGGUGAUUAUCGCGAAUGACGACGCGUGUAAUGCUACUACCGUGUUACUCCGAGACAUCGUGAAAGAUAAACUGAUAUUCGUGUUACGGACUAUUCGAAGUAGAAACGAUUUUCUUAUUGGGUAUAGCCGGAGGAGGAAUAGAAAGGAGGAAAAGAAGAAAAAGAAUCGCAGCCGUCCUUCCAGGAAAAGAUUGAAAAAUUUUGAGAUCCCCGAAAGAUCGAGGGGACUGAAAAAGCCAAAAAAAGUUGAAGAAAAUUCGUGUGUUCGUCGAUAGAGACACGCGUAUACACGUAUACACUAUACACUCGUAGAAAAGACACACGCACGUUAAUCGCGCAUUGACACGCCGGUGCAGAACGUCUCGUUAAGAUUUACCGUUCACUAUCGAAUUAUGCGUGGUGCGAGAUGGUGUGUUCUUUGACCAGCAGCGGCGGCGGCGGCGGCGGCGGCGGAGGAGGAGGUGGUGGAGGAGGCGGCGGAGGCAGCAACAAAAGCUGCGGCGAGAACGGUGAGCCGGAGCUUCAACAAAGAUCAAGUCCGGAAGGUGAGCUUGAGAUUGGAGACAACAUGUCUUCGUUGAGCGAUCAACACAGGAGAAACAGUCAUAUAGCCGAGGGUGAUCGUAGUUCCUCGGCUGGCUCCUCCUUGGGAUCUUGCUCGCCACCGCCAACGUCGAGCCACUCGCCACCACCUCCAAGACCACCGUGGCUUCACGAUUUUCAUGCCGCUGCCGCGCCCCACGUUCUGCAGUUCCUCAAUCUGAGCGCUGCUGGUGGUGGAAUGCUCGGUAAUCAACCGUUGGCUGCUUUACAUUCGAUGGCCGAACGCAGCCAUCAGCAACAGCAGCAACAACAACAGCAUCAACACCAGCAACAGCAACAGCAACAGCAACAACAGCAACAACAACAUCAACAACAACAGGGACUCCAAUUGCCGCGUAUUAGUGUUCCUCUUGCAACGUUGACCACUCAAGGUGGGCAAUCCUCGCCGACGGGCAGCACAGGAAAACACAGUCCGGCCACCUCGAUUACAUCGGUCGGCAGCAAUCCUCAUGGCAUAGACACGAUACUCUCGAGACCGGCGGCCGCGCAUCCGCAACCUCCUGUGCCCGCCUCGCACGCCGCCCUUCAACCAGCACCGCAUCCCCAACACAUGGCGGCACCACGUUACGCCAUGCACGCAGGAUUCACCGCGUCUACCGGUAUCGGACAGUUCCAACAAAGGACAGAACCACGACAUCCGGCUGUCUAUUGGCCGGGUCUUCAAGGUUUGGUCAGCGAUCCCUUGGCAUGGCGAGCAAGAUUACACACGUUAUCUCAACAGCUCGGCUGUCAGCAGGGAAUGACAGGUGCUGGUGGUGGUGCCGGAGAACAUGAAGGUGGAAAGAAAAAGCACACGAGACCGACCUUCAGUGGGCAGCAGAUAUUCGCCUUGGAGAAGACCUUCGAACAAACGAAGUAUCUCGCUGGACCUGAACGAGCUAAAUUGGCUUACGCCCUUGGAAUGUCGGAAUCGCAAGUAAAGGUAUGGUUUCAAAACAGAAGGACAAAGUGGCGGAAGAAGAACGCCGCGGAAAUGGCGACGGCGAAGAGACGUCAAGAGGAGGUUGAGGGUAUAGUGGCGGAGGGUGAGGACGGUUGCAGUGAUGCCGAAGCUGAUGGUAGCAGCGAGACGGCCGCGAAGAGGCUGAGGAGGGAACUCGAGCAGCAGUACAGGCAUUGAAAGAUGCGAGAAAGAAGAGGAAGAGAAAAAUGGCGGUGAUGGGAGAAGAAGAGGAGGAGAGGCGUGGCUAUGCGAAGAUAAGAAAGGAAGAGAGAGAGAAAAAGAGAGAGAGAGAGAGAGAGCUGAUAUCUUUGAUGCGAACGAAUGAGAAAAAGAGAGGAGAAAAGAAAAUCCUUUUUCACGGAUUUACUCGCUCCUGGAGAGAUGUAACGAGAGCUUUGCUAAUAUACAUAUACGUACAUAUGUGUGUGACUGUGUGUGUGUGAGGCUAUGUGUACAUGAAUGUGUUCAAAUACCUUCUCU